AUGCACAAUUCGUAUACGUUCACCACUCACACCGGUUUCUUCAAGUACGACACAGUGGAUGGCGCCUCGCUCCCCGCGGUUGCGGCCAACUUUGGUCUGCAUGAAAACACGAGCUGGGCGGAGCUCUUGCAGACGCUACUCGAGCUCAACGUGCAAGGGUUGGUCACUGAUGGCUCGUCGUACAAGCUCGUGUUUGCUGGACGUCAUGGUCAAGGCUACCACAAUGUGGCUGAGAGUCAGUACGGUACUGAGGCUUGGGAUUCGUACUGGUCCAAGUUGACUACGGACGGCAAGCUCGUGUGGGGACCGGAUGCUCGGUUGACGCCGCUGGGCAUUCAACAGGCGCACGCGGUGAACGAAGCUUGGGUGGCGAUGCUCAAGCAGCCAGACCAUGCACCUCUGCCGACCAAGCUCUUCUCGAGCCCGCUCAGCCGUGCUCUGUCCACGCUCGAGAUUUCGUACGACAAGCUGCUGGUGAGCAACCCCAAUAAUACUUCCAGCACCUCUACGUCGCAGCCUCGAGCGCAAGUGGUGCAAUUGCAAAGCUUGCUUUCCCACCUCGAUCAAGCGCAGCUUCCAGAUGGACUCGAGAUGCAUCUUAAGAGGCUUUUCGGUUGGAUUGGCAGUGUUCCCUCGGAACUGGCUGCACAGCUGCAGAGCAUCCUCUGGCAACGCGCACACAACCAGAUCCCAGCAGGGCUUGGCCGACUGGUGCAAAACAUCAUGUCGCACUACGCUCCGCGGCCGGUUCCGCAGGUCAAGGAGCUCUUCCGAGAAGAGUACGGUGAACACACGUGCGACCAGCGACGCACUAAAUCGCAGAUCGCUGCUGACUACCCCAACGCUGUAUUCGAAGCUGGUUUCGCGCAACAGGAUCCACUCUGGACUACGACGCGUGAACAAGCUGACCACUUGGAUGAGCGCAUUCAUCAAGCAUUGACACAAAUGUGGAACGAAUCGCCGCUCGAUCAGGUCGUGUCUGUGACGAGCCACUCGGGCGUCAUGCAGAGCUUGUUCAGGGUUGUAGGUCAUUACCCGAUCAAGCCGGGAACGGGCGCGCUCGUUCCGUUGAUCAUCAAGGCUACACCGCGUAGGUGA